CACCUCCGAAGGUUGUUUGCGAUCAUGCAAGCCGGCGCGCGGCGUUUCGCGGAUCCGUCCGCCUUCGCGUCGUCGCUCGCGCUCGAGACGGGGACGCAGCAAGACGGCCAGGAGUUCCUGAAGCUCCUCCUCGCCGGCGGCGAGGACGCGGCGGGGUCCCACCCCAGUGGUAACGGCGACCCGUCGACCGUUACGACGUUCGUGCAGGAGCACUACCGCGGGCUGAGCACGUACGCGACGAUCUGCGGUCGGUGCGGGCGGGCGUCGGAGGCGUCGUCCAAGCCGGUGGACUUCUACGAGAUCGAGCUGAACGUCGGCGCGGUCGUCGGCGGCGUGUACGUCGGGCAGGGCGGCGCCGACGCGUCUCGCGCGACGACGUUAUCGGACGGCCUGAGAGCGUAUUUGGAGGAGGAGAAACUCGAGGGCGAGAAUCAGGCGCGUUCUAUACACUGGUCCCCAUACGACCGCUUUUCGUGCGAGCGGUGCGAACGGAAGUGCGACGCGACGCGCGCGGCGCGGCUGCACGCGCUCCCGCCGUACCUGAACGUCUCCCUGAAGCGGUUCGUGUUCGACUUCGACACGAUGACGCGGAAGAAAGUCACGGACGCGUUCGAGUUCCCCUCGAGCGUGGACCUGAGCGAGUUCGUGUCGCCGCUCGAGGGCGACCGAGGCGGCGGGCGCGCGGACGACGACGCGCGCGCCACGUACGAGUACGAUCUCGCGUUCAUUCUCGUGCACCGCGGGCAAAACGCGACGAGCGGGCACUACGUCGCGCUCGUGAAGGACACCAACGACGCGUCUCGGGACGCAACCUGGUGGAGGUUCGACGACGACGAGGUGGACGAGCUCCGC